AUGGAUCCAAAUGCUAGAAAUGCUGUUAAUUUAAAUGUAUUGCGCAGACAUGACGAUAAAAUCGUUGAAAUUGUUGAUAGUUCAAGUUAUGUUGUAGUAUAUAAAUUUGAUAAUGAGCAGUCCACAUGGACGAAAAAAGGUGUAGAAGGCACAUUGUUCGUUUUUAAAAGAUGUGCACAACCAGCAUAUGGCUUUAUAGUAAUGAAUAGAUUAGGUAUUGAUAAUUUCAUGGCUCCUUUAACUGACAGUAUGGAGCUUGAAUUUCAAGACGAAUAUAUUAUAUAUCGUACAGAUGAUGAUAAUAUUCAUGGUAUUUGGGUAUAUGAAAUAAAAGAUAGAGAGAGAAUAGAAAGAACGUUACGGGAAUGUCGGGAAUUAUCAAAGACCAUUAAUAUACCACCACAAUUAGAUCAAUCACCAAAGUUAUCAGUAGAAUCGAAUAAAAUUUCAACUUCUUACGGUAAACCAAUAGAUAUCGUAGAUCUUUUACAACAAGCAGAAGUUAAACAAACAAAUGGUAGUGCAAAUUCACUCUCUCAUUACAGUCAACAUAGUGACCUUUCACAGAAAGAUAUACUUGGUGAGUUGUUUCAGAAAGCCAAUAUUAUCGAUAAUCCAAAACAGACUUUAACACCAACGUUAUCUUUGGAUUCUUAUAUGAGGAAUUCAAGUCAUCCAUUUACUAGAAAUAAUCAAAAUAAUUCGGACAUUUCGUUACCAAAUCUGUUAAAUACACCGGAUAAUAAGUCAUCCACUUCAAUGGCUUCAAUGGCGUUGUUUGGAUCAAAUAGUCCAGGAUUACAACGAACACAUGCUUUAGACGCAUCAAUUGCUUCUCUUUCGAGAUUUUCUGAUGAAUAUGAUCGACAGAUAAAUCGAGGGAAAAAACUAUUAAGCAAAACCGAGUUCGCUCAAAGAUAUUUAUAUUUAAUUCAGAAUGAUCCAUCUUUCAUGGAUAUUCUUUAUCAAAAUUAUAUUGUCAAAACACAUGAGAAUAUAUAUAGUGGAUCUUAA